UGGCCAUGCACGAAGAAUAAGUAUUGAUACAUCGCUUCAAAACAUAUCUCAGAGUUUCUACGUGUCUUCUUUUACUGUCUGUGGUCGCUGUAUACGUGAACAUUUAUGCAGGUACAACCAUUGUGCUUGCCAAAAUGGUUGAUGUUACCGAUUUCCCGUCUAUUGAGAGGAAGGCCUACAGUUAGCAGUUAAUUUGUGAGAGGGCAUGAAGGUGGACGUCGAGACGGCGGAAACAGCACGGGCAAGUGAAGCGAGUCGUGGAGAUAGCUGGUUGAUUUCGGAAGAUCCACGUUUCAUUGUUGUGACUGAUUGAACAUGCAAUGGAGGACACAUGUGCGUAGCCCACUGGAAGCGAGUGAACGGCAAGCGCACUGAUCCGUUAGCAAAAAAAUCAGUUUAUCGAAAAAUAAACAAGACAGUCCCAACGCUUCAGUUGCAUUAUGGCUCGUAGCUUAUGUGACCUAUGACUGAGAUCAAGCUUUCACUGUGCCCAACACAGAUUGAAACGUAGCCUAUCUUCUGUGAGUGUCCACAUUAGACCAUUAAAGUGCAAAUCUCAAACAUUCACACAGAUCAGAUGAUGGCCAUUCAUGCAGUUGCCACUUCACCAAUUCUGGGCAUGCACUAGCCGUUCAACAGGAGAACUCUGUUGUUGGAGAAAACGUUGAGAUGGUGAAAACAAAAUCUUCUUUCCUUUCUUGGACUGACGAUGAAGUCAAAUUGUUACUGAAAGUAACAUUGGACUACAAAGUGACUAUGGCGGCAAAAGGUAUGGAAUGGGAGUCAUCCUGCAGCAAAUACUGGGACAUUUUGCAUAGUUUCCUUGAGAAUUACCCCACAUGUGAGACUGGCGAUUCAAUGGGAAAGGAGUUCCCUCACAAAAAGCAGGAGAUCACUAAAGAUCAACUGACAUCAAAGUUAAAGAACAUACGGAACAAGUAUAGGCAGGCAGUCAAGACUGGUCAAAAGAGAAGCCAUGGGCGAGUUAUCCUGCUGUUUUUUGAGCUUUGUGAAUCCAUUUGGGAAGAAUCACAAGGGAGGCAUGACAUCUCUGGGGAGACUGAGACUGUCGACACAAAGCCAGAUAUAAGCCUACCCGCCGCCAGCUCCGCUGCAACAGGCGAAGAGUCGCUGACCGAUGAGACCAUCGAGGAUUGCCGUCAACAACUCAACGGUUCGUUGGGAGCCUACCGAAGGAGCAAGUUGAAGAGGCGGCCCUCCUCGGAUGUUGCAAUGGAGGACCUCAGAAUUAAGAGGCGGCUCCUUCAUCAGCUUGAGGCAACGCACGACGAGUUUGUUAGCAGCAUAGGCCGGUUGUCAUCCUCGGUGGACCGCCUGAACUCUAACAUCGAGCUCCUGGUGCAGCACAUUGUGGGUUCAAACACAGGUACAAGCACAGGGAACAGUAACACAGAAGAUUUCGGACACUCUACGGCUGGCUCAGUGAACGUACCUGUUGACCAACCGUCACUGCCAUGCAGAAUUAAAGAUGAGUUUGUCGAGGUUGCUCUAGACUCCUCUCCAGGACCAUGCCCGGGAAGCCCAAAGCUGAGGAUAAAGUCUGAACAGGUUGAAGAGGAUAGUACUGAAACCAUGAUGUGCUCUACACAAACACAGAUGACAUUUUGAGCCACCAGAACUGUGAGACUAAAAUCUGAGACAUUUGAUAGAUUUGUCACCAGCUAUCCAGGUGUUUAAUCAACAUUCUCUGCAAAAGAAUAGACAAAACCUAAAAUCAAACAUGGAUUAUCUUCACCACAGAAAUGUUGACUCUGCAGGACACUAACCCAACACCCAAAACUAAGUAGACCAUUUGAAUGUAAACAAUAUGGACUCAUCUCUGAGAGGAAAAAAAUGAAGCAUAUCCUUGUCAUCAUUGUGAUAAGCUUUGGACAUUCCAAUGAUCUUGCCAGAUCUCAUUGUAAUAAGAACAAACACUGAAAGAAUGUUAAAGUUAAGAUGUUGUCGAGUCCAAGGGGUGUGUGUUAAGUUUAGCUGAGCUGGACAAGGGCCUUGUGACGUAAUUAAAGUGGCCUUUGCUGAAGGAGAUGCCUGAUCAGACUCUAGUUUCUUUUUUACAUUUCUUGUCUCAGGAAAACAGUAGUUAAGCAUUUUGGGUUUGAAUGGGUUAGAAAACACUGCUGGGGAGUUUUUUG